CCGCAUUCGAUUUUCCAACUACCAACGGUCAGGAACAAUCGCCGCAUUCCAAUUAUUAUAAAUUCUUAUAAAUAAUCCCGAAGUCAUGGUCUGUUUUAUUUAUCGAAACUCAUUCAAUAAUACGAAUUUUUAAAAUGUACUCUCGCGAUGAGACUGUUAAUGCUGUCCUAAAAUUUUAUCAAGAAAUUAUUCGCCAUCCGUAUCUAGACGAUGACGCACUAAUUUUACCGCCUCCGGAUGGCUGGGAGUCAAUCACUAUCGACAACCCCCACAAGAAAACCGAAACAGUUCUUGACUUACUUCACCACCUCCCAUAUCUCCAAGCGAAGGGUAUGUACGAUAGGUACAUUAUCGCAUGGGAAACUGUUCCGAUCUGUUAUGUAGGCUAUAACUUUUGGGGUAAAGGCCGCGAAGAGUACCUCGCUCUUCCGCCUCACUGUGUCUACCUUGCACACAGUGUCGAUCGCGAAGGUACAUCUUUAAUUCUCAACACCGAUGAAGGCACAAUAACAGAAUACUCCAUUACUGGUGGCCACAUCACGGUGAUUUAUGAAGAAUUUGACGCUUUGCCCGAGGCAGACAAAUGGAAAGUUUAUCGCACAACGCCCGUCACGGAGUUUUUUGAAGGCUGGACUCAGAGGUACCAAAAAUUGGUGUGGAUGUUAACCCCUAGUACGCGUAGUGGGGAAACGAUGGGGACGCUCUAUAGUCGCGCUGAUAACACCCCCCAAGAGGAGGAACUUCUGCUGCAAGAGCGGCUGGAGCCGUGGCAUCCGGACAAAACUACACACGAAGACGACCAGGAGGGGCACGCGGAGCAAGUAAGACAUGCAGCGGCGGUUUAUAAUACGUACCUUCGUUAUGGUUGGCCGCAUAACUUUCGUAAAGAGCAAUGUAGAUCUGAACUGCUGGAACUAGAGAGGAAGUACGAGGAGGAUAUGUGGCAGCGGAUGCGAGAAAUGGAUCCUGAAUCAGAAUAACCAAGUAGCUUUCAUCCCUAAGAGCAGACGUAAAAACUAAGGAAAAUCAAGAGCCAUAAGCCCAUGGCCUGCCAGCCUACCUAGGUACAUACUUCAGCCUUAAUUGCUAUGGUUACUCCAAAGGCCGAGAUCGAACUCGAAACUUGGGGUCUUCCUCAAACGUGAAA